AUGCUAACCAAAGGAAACACAGUCAAUGGUCCCACACAUUAGACACACUAUACUACAAGGCAAGUCGGAAAUAGCAGAGACCAUCACACAAAUAGUAACAAUACAAUCAGCAACAAUAAUAAUAGCAAUUUGAUCUUAGUAAACAAAGAAAAUAAAUUUUAGAACUUGCUAGCAGCAGUAGAGCUUAAUCGAACAGGAUAAGGUGAGUCAAGAAGGCAAGGCACUGCAGGUCCAAUGCAGGGUUUAAGCAAAGAUCAUUAUCAAUCGCAUAGAGAAUUCGGGCGAGAUUUAUCUAAUAAUGGUGGUAACUCAGGCACUUCGCAUUAAAAUCCUCAGAUUAUCAAUGCGAAACUCUUGAAUCACCCUUAAAUAGUCAGUUCCACUACUAAUUAAGCAAGUGGUAGCAAUAUAAAUUUGUUUAAGAACUUCAUAUCUUAGUAUCAGUCUCAUGGAAGCGGGAGUGCCAGUAAUGCACCUAAGGGCAAUACUUCUCACGCUAAUAAUCAUCUAUCAAAACUUGAUCUCAAUAAGAUCAAUAUCUCCACCCACUAAACUAAUUACCCCUCUCAGAGAGGAGUUGGUUCCACCUCAGCCAAUACCAUAAAUCAUUCUGGUAAUACCACAGCAAAUACUAAUCAGGUUAAUAUAUCAACCUCUAAUCAUCAUAACUCAGCAUUGAUAAAUAUAGCAGAAGGCGAAAAUAGUAGAGCACCAUCCUCGUAAGGAACUAAUCUAAAAAUGUUUGAUAUGAGUGGGAAUUCCACAGGCGGUGCUGGUGGUUCUAGAAAUUCGCAUCAAAUGUAAUCGUAAUAAAGUGUAGCUCAGAUGAAUAAUCACAUUAGAGAGUAACUUAGAGGUAAACACGGAUCAUCAAGUCAUCAUGGUAAUAAUGCAGGAAGUACAAGAAGAAAUGGUAUUGGUGAUGAGUUUCGCAGAGUUGGUUAACAAUUGACAACAGAGUUGCCAACAAAGCUUAAGGAUGAGGAUAAAGCUGGCGGCAAUACUUCUUUAGUCGCUACUGGAGCUCAUAAUAACUCAGGCAUCGCUUAAGGAGGUGCUUCGACCAGUAUCAUCAUGUCUAAUAAACAACCAAGCGGAACUAUAGUCAGCAGAUAAGCAGCAGCUUAACACAUUCUUUAAUAGAAAACCAUGGCAGGCAAAUUAAACAACAUGAUGAAUUCUAAUACUUAGAGAGCAGCUUACAGCUCACAUUAAAGCCAUUAAAACUCUACUUUUUAGCAGGUAUAGUCACUUCAAGCCUCGUAGAUACACUAUAAAUUAUUGGCUACUAAGAAUAGCUUUUAAAAUAACAACAAUAACAGUGGAGUGGUAAAUUAAAAUAAUAGCAAUAACAAUGUCAAUGUUAAUAUGAUGAACAACACCAAUCAUAGUAACAAUAUAGAGGAUAAGGAAAACAAGAGAGAGUUUACUAAUCGCUAGGCAAAUGCAGCGCCCACAUCAGCACACAGUUCAAGUAGCAUCUUAAAGCGAUCUAAGACAACAGAUCCAUCCCGAGCACCACUGAGAUAAAAAGAGAACGUUCCACCCUCAUCUUAGUAAGUUAUACAGCCAGCAUAAAACAUUCAAGCCCCGUAAUCAACUACCUCCUCAGCUUAGCCAGAGUAGCUAUUCAAGGAGCACCUGCCUUAAGAUAUACAGCAGCCUAAGAAAUUAUCUCAGGAGACAUUUGAUAUGGUGGCAUAAAUUAUGGAGGAUCGAAGGAAAGAGCGAAUGAAGACAUUGACCAGAAAUCUUGAGGUGUGUGAUCUUCUGGACAUGAGGAAUCCUUAGAGUGUGGCUGAAUACGCACCACAGAUAUAUAAAAACAUGCAUUUAGAGGAGGUUAACCACUUGUAUCCUAAGGACUUUAUGAGUAAUUAGGCUGAAGUAACUGAGAAAAUGAGAGCAUAUUUGAUCGACUGGCUUACUGAACUUCAUAUCAAAUUUAAACUAUGGCCAGAAACUCUUUAUGUAUGCGUUGGCCUCAUUGAUAAGUUCUUGAUGGUCGAGAAUGAUUUUAAGAAGAGAGAUCUAUAGUGUCUAGGUUUGACAGCCUUGCACAUAGCAGGUAAAUAUGAGGAAAUCUAUCCACCUACCCUUAAGGAUCUGCUUAGAGUUACUGACAACGCAGUUACUAAAGACCAAGUCCUGAAGCUGGAAUUCAAGAUGCUGCAGAACCUUGACUUCAAUGUGACUUUCCCUUCAAUGUUCAGAUUCAUGGAGAGGUAUUCUCGAAUCGCCUAGGUCAACGAGAGAACUCAGCUGCUGUCUGCCUAUCUCUGUGAGAGCUGUCUCUUAGACUGUACUCUAAUGAAGGAGAAACCCUCUAAGUUGGCAGCAGUGUCUCUCUACGCAGCUCAAAGAGUAAUGAAGGGAACCUAAGCUACAGUGUGGAACGCAACUCUGAGUAAAAAUACAUCUUACAAAGAAGAUGAAGUAAGAGGCAUGGCUAUAGACCUGCUGCAGUUCAUCAAAAACGUUGAAAAUUCAUCCCUCCAAAGUAUAUAUAAAAAGUAUUCGUCCCAGAAAUAUCUGGAGGUGGCUAGACUCCUAGAAUGA